AUGGCAUCUCCUAAGCCUCCAGAGACGCCAGAGAUGGCCUACACACGCUUUGAAAUGCCUGGUUCUUACAUAUCUCCAAUACGCCGUCAAGCCCAACUCCAACCCCAUAUCCAAUCAACUUCUUCAUCCCCCAUAAGAUACAGAGUCAUUGACUGGAACGAAAGAAUCAAAAAGUUUGAUCAUGGAUUAGCCAACGCAGAGGAAGCUUCGCUCGAAGAACUUACCGAAUAUGUCGAAACCGCAAUUUUCGUUCAUAGCGAAGAGUCCCUAACUGAUGAGACACUUUGGCUUCAGUUCAAGGAUGAGUUUAACGACUUCUCUCUUCGAACCUGGGAUCGUCUGCCCAACCGCCUCAGGAUAGCACUGCGACUAGAUUUGAUUCAGAGAGGAGUCUUCAUCCGUCGACCAACCAGUAUGACACCUCCUAUGCCAAUCUCUCAUAUCCUGCAUGAAGCUGUUCAGGACGAACAAUAUCAUACCUGGACAGACCAAGAGCUUAAAGCAGUCCUUGAAGAAGUCAAACCAGUGAUCUCUAUUAAACUCAGUGAUCGGCUUAACGAAGCAGGAACUAAAUUAAAGACCGAUAGCCAAGAAUCUCCGAUCCCUCCACAGAUUGUUUCUCCACAGAUUGUUUCUUUACUUCCUCACCAAUCAAACCCAUUCCAAACCACCCAAUAUCCAAGUGCUAAGAGAGCCACCUUCGCUCAACAGGCUGAAGCUGCAGCUAGCUACAGAACUCCAGAGUCUCAAGAAGCCUAUUAUAGGCCCUUCACAGCUCCAACCGACGCCAGAAAUGCACCCCGGCAGCCACAAAACCCACCUCCUGGCGACCGCCAGUCAUUCUAUACUACUCCUAGAGAGCCAGAUCCUUAUCACCAGCCAUUCUACCCUGCUCCUAGAGAGCCAGAUCAUCGCCACCAGCCUUUCAAUACUGUUCGCAGAGAGCCAGAUCAUCGUCACCAGCCUUUCAAUACUGUUCCUAGAGAGCCAGAUCGUCGUCAACCAGAUUACACCAAAGAAGCUAUGAACAUCCGUAAAGCCUACCAGAAGGACCAGAAAUAUGGUGGAUCAGAAGACAGCUUCAACUUUAAGCUAGCCAUCUUUUACGACAUUUGCGAACAGGCCAAUCUACCUCCAGAAGCAUAUAAAAAGGCAUUCUCAGCUAUGCUCAAAGAUCAAGCCAACAACUAUUAUUAUAAUAGUGGCUUAUCCUUAAAGCCAUUUAACAAGAUCUGUAGCCAGAUGAGAGCUUAUUUUGAAGGACCUGAACACCAAACCCAGAAGCUUGUCGAAUGGAACAAUGUCUCACUCUAA